AUGUCGGCUGCUGAUAAUUCUUCAAAAUCUAUCAGGAAACCCAAGGUUUUGAUCGUGGGUGCUGGUCUUGGUGGAUUGACCCUUGGAGCCUUGUUAGAGAAGGCUGGGGUACCAUAUGAGAUCUAUGACAGGAUGGCUGAGAUCAGAGCUCUUGGAGCGGCACUCGGAGUGGGCGCCACAGUGGCCCCAGUGUUUAAACAGAUAGGCAUCUGGGAUGAAUUUGUGUCGCUUGGCAAAGCAAUGCAUACGAUCGACAACUACAAUGAACAACGACAAUUGGAGUUCUCCAUGGAUUUCAGAUCUAUGCAAGAGAUGGGAGGAUCCACCAAUUAUAUUUCUUCAAGAGCCGCAGUUCACAGCCUAAUUCAGCGUCAAAUUCCUGCAGAAAAGAUCCAUCUAAGCAAACGUCUAGUGUCCAUAAAACAAACCGAGCCAUUGGAUGGUAACGGUGGCAGUGGCGGUAUACAGAUCCAGUUUGCAGAUAACACAACUGCUGAAGGAGAUAUCCUUGUUGGAGCGGAUGGAGCAUAUAGCAGUGUUCGGUUAAGCCUAUAUGAGCAGUUGCAGAAGGAGAACAAGUCGCCGCCGUCUGAUAGUGCAGGUCUACCUUAUAGUUGUGUAUGUCUCGUCGGAAGGACUCAUCCUUUGGAUCCAGCAGAGUUCCCGGAGCUUGAUGAUCCGAUCUGUAGAUUCACGUCUGUGAUGGCGACAGAUAAGCCCUAUUCGUGGAGCAUCUGGACCGUCAAGGACAAUGUUUAUUGCUGGGUAGUGACCCAUUAUCUGGACGGGGUCUCCUCCUUAGAUCAUAGUACAUUUCAGAAUGCGGAAUGGGGACCCGGAGCCGCCGAAUCCAUGUGCAAGCAUGUACGUGACUUUGCUAUCCCUGGAGGGCUGAACAACUCCCUGACCAUUGGAGAUUUGAUUGAUCGUUCACCUUUGAUCUCCAAAGUCUUGCUUGAAGAAAAGGUCUUUGAUACUUGGUACUCUGGACGGACCGUGCUACUUGGCGAUGCUGCGCACAAGGUUCACCCUGCAAGCGGUUCAGGAGCAUGGAAUGCUAUGCAUGAUGCGAUUGUGUUGGCCAACUGGUUAAAUGUUUUAUCUUCUUCUGCAUCUGUGAGCGAGAUCGAGGCAGUCUUUGAAGAGUAUAAGAAAGAGCGUUACCCUGUUGUUAAAAUCUCCUUUGACAAUGGUCGAAUCUUUUCGCAAGUGAUUGCGCAGGUUCUCAACUCUCCAUAG